AUGGGUGAUUUGCCAUCUGCUCGUCUCGACUCCUACACUGCGCCAUUCACACACAUAGCUCUGGAUUUUUUCGGUCCGCUCGAAACGUCAGCUUACAGGAACCGAGUAAUCAAACGGUAUGGCCUGUUAAUCACCUGUCUCGUCACUCGCAAUGUUUAUUUAGAAAUGGUGUUGUCAAUGUCAACACCGGAUUUUCUCUACGGUCUACGACGUUUCAUCGGAGAAUUCACGAAGCCAACCGAAAUCUUCUGUGAUAACGGGACAAACUUCGUGGGAGCUGAGAAGGAGCUGGCCACAGCGUUUUGUGAGUUGCAAAAGGACGAAAAGUUGAAGGAGUUUGCGCGAGAGCGCUCAAUCAUUUGGAAAUUAAAGCAACCUAGUACUCCACAUUUCGGCGGAUCACACGAAUCGAUGGUAAAAUCAACAAAGAGGGCGCUUUACCGGGCACUGGAUACGGAAAAAGCUGGACUGCGCUACCCGACGGACGAGAUGCUUAGAACGCUACUGAAGGAAGUGGCGGGCAUGUUGAACGGGAGACCUCUAACGCUGGCCAGCAAUGACCCAGAAGACUUCAGACCGAUUACACCCAAGGAUUUCUUGAACCUGCCACCAACGUCGGACCUUCCGGCCGGAGACAUUCGCCGCGCUCUGCCCCGCGACCAUAUUCGUUACGUAAAGAAGAUGACCAAUUUAUUCUGGGACCUAUGGACCAAGAUCUUCCUCCCCACGCUGGUUCCAAGAAGGAAGUGGGUCGCGGAUGAAAGAAAUUUUGAUGUUGGAGAUUCAAUCAUGCUAUCGGACAACAAUUUGCUGCCAAAUCAGUGGAAGACGGGCAAAAUCAUCGAAGUGUAUCCUGGUUCCGACAGUUUUGCUCGAGUCGUCAAAGUGAAAAUGGACUGCGGAGAAUAUCUGAGACCAAUCCAUCGGCUAGUGCUACUGGAACCUUACUCGACCGUCCUUCCGUCGGCCUCGGGGGAGAAUGUUCCAGAGAAAAGGAAUGUUUCAUUUUAA